AUGAUAAUACGGGCGUCCACUACGCCAUAUCUCGGUCAGUCGAUGGGCUCUCAAGAAUUCCAUUCCAGAGCUGCACCACGCGCGCGACCCUAUGAGCCUCCCUUGAAGGUCUGGCACGCGCAGGACCUGCCCAGCUGCCACCAACCCACAGCCCCAUGUCGCACUCUGUUGACCAUCGCCGCCACUCCCAACUUCUCUUACACGCAUCCAAACGAAAAAGAAAUGGCCGAGGCUGUUGUUUCCGCCGCCCGCUCUCCGUUGGCCGAAGCUGCCUAUCGCAUAAAUUCGCCCAUUGUUCCCACAGAGUUGCCACCAAACAAACAUCGAAAUCAAAGAAAUGAGUAUCAGACCGCAAACGAGGCCGUGGCUCAUCACCACGUGCAGUCUCCCACUGCCCAUUCUGUUGCUCCGGAUGCGCGUGUGUCUGCCCUCAUGAAUGAGCACCAGGCAACCGAGGAGGACAAACGCAUGUCACAGGCCUCGUAUGCAUCUACCUCGAGUAGCCGAAGCAAGAGAAACUAUAAAACUCACAUUGGCCCAUGGCAACUUGGGCGCACUCUGGGCAAGGGUUCCUCUGCUCGUGUGCGCCUAUGUCGUCACAAUCUUACGAACCAGCUGGCUGCUGUCAAGAUCGUCAACCGUCGCAUGGCAUACCUAGUUCAGGAUAGCAGUUUAGCUGCUUUGAGCAAAUGGGACAGCCAUCUUCCGGAGCCUUCGGACGGCCACUCGCGUGUUCCCAUGGCCAUUGAGCGAGAAGUCGCCAUUCUCAAGCUUAUUGAGCACCCAAACAUUAUGAAGCUUUAUGACAUAUGGGAAAAUCGCUCCGAAAUUUACCUCAUCCUCGAAUACAUUGACCAAGGCGACUUAUUCACAUUCAUCAACACCAAAGGCCGUCUCUCGGAGCAAGUGGCUAUAUUCUUUUUCCGACAGAUGAUCAGCGCCAUCUCUUACUGUCACUCAUUCAACGUCUGUCAUCGUGACCUAAAGCCAGAGAAUAUUCUCAUCACGGCCGACCUACAGAUCAAGAUUGCCGACUUUGGAAUGGCUGCACUUCACCAGACGGCUACCCAUCACCUUGCAACCGCCUGUGGUAGCCCCCACUACGCUGCGCCAGAGCUUCUCAAGAACAGGCAGUACCGCGGCGACAAAGCCGAUAUCUGGAGCAUGGGCGUUAUUCUCUAUGCUAUGCUUUCAGCUACACUUCCUUUCGAUGACCCUGACCUGCGAGUCAUGAUGGGAAAAACAAAAAAGGGUGUGUACGAAAUGCCGAAGCAUAUCAGCCCUGAAGCCGAAGAUCUCAUCCGCCGCAUGCUGCAAGUCAACCCCGAGCGUCGUAUCAACUUGCAGGAUAUUUGGAAUCAUCCCCUCGUUCAAAAGUACAGCUACCAAGACGACUUUGGCGACCUCACAAGCCAAAUGCUGGGCAAGGGGUUCAAGUACGAUCCCGUACCUCGCGCCGAUAUUGACCCCCAGCUACUGCGACAGCUUCGGUCUAUGUGGCAUAUGUUCAACGAGCAAGACCUGGCACACAAGUUGACUUGCGAACAGCCAAACGACCAAAAAGCCUUCUACUGGCUGCUUCAUGACUAUCGGGACAAGCAACUUGAAGACUUUAAGCCCGAGCUGGCCCAUUCUAUGAGCGACUACCAUCACAUGAAGCCGUCAAUCUGGAAGAAGCGUGUAUCUACAUGCCAAUUUUCUCAGCCUCGUGCGAAUGGACACGGUCGCUCCAUCUCUCGCUUUACCGUCAUCUCAAAUGCCGCCGAGGGAGACAAUGCCACUGUGGUGAGCUAUGAUCCCUACAGGGCAAGUGGAAAACUGCAACAGAGCGACUCCAAAGUCGGCCACGCAAAAGUCAUUGUCCAUCGUGACAGCGCUUCCUCCCCAGCCGCACAGGCGCGCGCGCGAACGAAAGGCUCCAUGACCUCCCUCAAUAGCCGUCAGGGCACACCGUCGCGCACCGGCCCCAGCCUUCGACACAAGCGUGCAGUCGACUUCAGCCACAUGCGAAAGCGCUCGAAUUCGACUUCAAACGUGCAGAGCUCUGGUCGUCGUCCUGGAACAGCGGGAUCCAGUAUUCAAGAAGAAAUUUCCCCUGUUCAGCGGGUGCGAAGUGUCAUACCUGCCGUACCCAAGGUGCCUACCGUGUACAAGCGUCCACAGUCCGACACUCCCCUGGUAGUAAAGAAUGCGUCGGCACUAUUCCGCGAUGAGCUUCGCAACUUUAGCAACGAUAUUGCUCGCAACUGUGAUGAGGCGUUUAGAAGCUCUAUGAUUGACGAUGAAUCCGUGAUGAGCGAGGGCGACAAGAAGAACCGCGACUCGACCCCAUUUUCUUUCAACGCGGAAAGCCCAUCUGCGGCUACAGAAGCCACCGAAUUCUCGUCUAGGUCCUGGCAGCACCGGCCAUUGCCUCCUCUUCCUGCUGAGGAUGGUGCGUUGAGCGACGCUACUACUGCGGCAGACUCGCGACCGGGUUCUGGAGAGGGUUAUGGAAGUGGCGGUGAGUAUAUUAUUGAUUGUAUUGCGCAACGAGCUGUUGCCGUGUCUAUUCCUCGUCAAGUUGACAGACGGAGUGUCUCCGCACCCGCCUCUAAUCCCAAUGGCAAAAAGACAACAGUGCUUCCAUCUAUCAAUGAGAACUUUGGUACCAACAACAUCGCCAACGAUAAGUCGCGAAUUGUCUCAGCGCCUCAAGCGACCUCGAAGCAAAUGAAUGGAUCGACUGGAGACCUCCAGUACCUGAACAAUACUGAGAAUACCAUUCGUAUGGUGGUGGAUUCUCCUGUUGGUCAGGUUGGCUCCAGAGCGGUUGAGGUGCCUAUUGUCAAGAGAAAGUUGACAAAGGAGGAGUUGGGGCGCAAACUUCAUCUGCACAUUGCAUACAAUGCGGAUCGUGCCGUUGAGUCUGGGCCUCACUCGGGAGGAGAUGAAGUUCAAAACGGUGGUGGCGUGCGCAAGAUGCGAUCCUGGUUCAGACGCGUUUCGAGGACGGAUUCCGAGCACGAGACAAGUCUGGAGAGCCAGAGGUCACCAGCCAUUUCCAACAGCUCGCAGGAACCGCAGUCUGCCACGACUGAUACGUCGUCGAAAAAGCGCGCAUUCAGCUUUCCCUUCUGGAGGAAUAGUCGAACACAAGAACAAGACACUGCCAUGGACGGCGAGCAUGUUGAGAAUGAUCGACCGCUGUCCACGGCUAGCCAGGCACGCAGAAAGAGCUCAGCGGUUGCAACGGUGAAAAGCUCUGAAUCAGGCACGCAGCGCAGCAUUGAGAUAAAGCAAAACUGGUUGACGCGGCUCUUCAGAGUCAAGCCAGCUACCAGCUAUGUUUGCAUGAACCUGUCUCGCCGGAAAGCGCGACAAGAAGUGGCGCUUCUUUUGCGAGAGUGGCGACGCUAUGGUAUCCGCGACAUGCAGGUGGACAAGCAGCGCAACAUUAUCUUUGCACGAGUUGCAGCUAAGAACUAUCUCAACAUCAAAGAAGUUGCAAUUGCUGCCGAGGUGGUGACGGUGAUUGAGCACGGGAAGCGCCAGCCACUAAGCAUUGUCCGAUUUACACAAGAGCGUGGAGCGGCCAGCAGUUUCCAUCGGGUUGUGGACACGAUCCGGAUCGUGUUUGACGACCGAAAUCUAGUUGUGACGGAUCGCAACAAGCAGAAGAUGAUGAUCAGGACUCUGACUUCUGGCAACUAA